GGAAGUCUGUCGUCCGUCAGUUCUGUGUUUACGCGCGGCGGACGAGCAGCCGUCUUUCUCGUGGCCCGGGCCUCCACCGUCACCAUGUCGGGCUCCAGCAGCGCCCUCAUGAAGCAGCCCCCGAUCCAGUCCACGGCGGGGGCCGUGCCCGUCCGCAACGAGAAGGGGGAGAUUUCCAUGGAGAAGGUGAAGGUGAAGCGGUACGUCUCGGGGAAGCGCCCCGACUAUGCGCCCAUGGAGUCCUCCGACGAGGAAGACGAGGAAUUCCAGUUCAUUAAGAAGGCCAAGGAGCAGGAGCUGGAGCCCGAGGAGCAGGAGGAGGAGCUGGCCAGCGACCCCAGGCUUCGCCGCCUGCAGAACCGGGUCAGCGAGGAUGUGGAAGAGAGGCUGGCAAGGCACCGCAAGAUUGUGGAGCCAGAAGUGGUGGGGGAGAGCGAUUCUGAAGUGGAAGGCGAAGCUUGGCACGUGGAGCGUGAGGACACCAGUGAGGAAGAGGAGGAAGAGGUAGACGAUGAGGAAAUUGAACGUCGACGUAAUAUGAUGCGCCAACGUGCUCAGGAACGCAAGAAUGAGGAGAUGGAAGUGAUGGAACUGGAAGACGAAGGCCGUUCUGGGGAGGAGUCUGAAACUGAGUCUGAAUAUGAGGAGUAUACAGAUAGUGAAGAUGAAACUGAACCACGUCUCAAACCUGUCUUCAUUCGCAAAAAGGACCGAAUCACAGUCCAGGAGCGAGAAGCAGAGGCACUGAAACAGAAGGAACUGGAACAAGAGGCCAAACGUAUGGCUGAAGAGAGGCGCAAGUACACUCUGAAGAUUGUAGAAGAAGAAGCCAAGAAGGAAUUGGAGGAGAACAGGCGAUCUUUGGCAGCCCUUGAUGCUUUGGAUACGGAUGAUGAGAAUGAUGAAGAAGAGUAUGAAGCUUGGAAAGUGCGAGAAUUGAAGCGAAUCAAGCGAGAUCGUGAGGAACGUGAGGCGUUGGAGAAGGAGAAAGCAGAGAUUGAACGGGUACGGAAUUUGACCGAGGAAGAACGCCGGGCCGAGCUCCGAGCCAAUGGCAAGGUCAUCACCAAUAAGGCUGUGAAGGGCAAAUACAAGUUCCUGCAGAAAUAUUAUCACCGCGGUGCCUUCUUCAUGGAUGAAGAUGAGGAUGUGUACAAGAGGGACUUCAGUGCACCAACUCUAGAGGAUCACUUCAACAAGACAAUCUUACCUAAAGUCAUGCAAGUGAAGAACUUUGGGCGUUCUGGACGGACUAAAUACACCCACCUGGUGGACCAGGACACAACUUCCUUCGACUCUGCUUGGGGGCAGGAGAGUGCCCAGAAUACAAAGUUCUUCAAGCAGAAGGCAGCUGGCGUGCGGGAUGUCUUUGAGAGACCUUCUGCUAAGAAGCGGAAAGUGACUUGAAUGGAUAAGGAUCAUCCAGAUCCCUCUUUUAGCUCUGGCUCAACUACUUUGUUACUUGGGACCACAAAAUAUUUUCAUUGGCUUGAAUCGAUUAAGCUGGUGCUGGUUCAGUGUAAUGGACUCUCCUUUAGAUCUUUUGCAGUCCCAUUUCUAAUUUUGACUGACUGUAAAGAAAACUUUUCUUUAUAGGAAUACUGCUUAUAUAGCAGGGGAGGGGGACGGACGACAAACUAUUCAUCUGAAUUUAAGAGUGAAAAGUGCCCUUAUCCUAGUUGUUUGCUGAUCUGAUCCUGUCAUACAAAAAUACUUUUAACUAAAUCUGUAUUGCUCCAUACGCAUUAAAGAUAGAUGUGCCAUAGAAAAAGGCUGGAAAGCAGCUUUCAUGAAACAUGCUAAGCCAUUAUUUGUUUCUAUAAUUUACUAAAUGAACCAUAUGAACAUCAUGCAAACAGUGCUUGUGUGAAGCCAGUUUGUCUUUAACAGGGAAAAAGCCCACUCCUUGUUCUGCUCUUAUUGAUAGAACAGUGGCAACAUUAGAGGAUUGUUUGCAAAUAAAAUAACAUUAGAGCUGAUACAAUGUAACUUAUACAAAUUCACUUUCCAGAUAACAUUGGAUUGUUUCAUUUUUAUUUUGGAAUCUGUUAGACUCCAGUGCCAGGGUUGAUUUUUUUUAGCUGCAGUUUGGGAAACAGGCAGUGGUCUGGCCCCACUGAAUUUGGUAAAUCACCACUAAAAAGGGUACAAGUAAUGAUAAAAGUUGGGAAUAAAGUUUAUUUUUCCUAUCUCCAGAUGUUCCUCUUUACCUUGAAAAGAUCAGUCACAAGAAUCUGAUAGCCUUUUUCUGAUUUUCUUUAAUGCAUUUCUUCAAUUAAAAAUUGCAUAUGUAGAAAA